GCGCAAUACGUGAUGGCCCAGCCGGUGCCGCUCUCCGAUGGGGACCUGGUCGCCGUGCUGGAGCUCUACCGUAACGCCUCCAACCCGUUCUACGAGGAAGACGAGGAGAUCGUCAACAGCUACAUCGUCUGGGGCGGCAUCGCCCUCCACUACGCCGACCUCUACCACACGCUCAGCGACCAGCGCAAGGUCCACGACUUCAUACUGGAUGUCACAAAGUCGAUAUUCCAGGACAUGGUGUCGAUGGACACGCUCAUCACGAAGAUAAUGAAUUUCGCUCAGCGGCUGGUGACAGCCGACAGGGCAUCCCUGUUCCUCAUGGACGGUCGGACAAAGGAGCUGUACGCGCGGAUAUUCGAUAUGGGAAACGCGAACGGCGACUCCAGUCCGCAGGCUCAGGAGAUCAGGUUCGCCGUCGGCACGGGCAUCGCCGGCCAGGUGGCACUGAACGCGCAGGGCCUCAACAUCAUCGACGCCUACGCCGACGACAGGUUCAACAGGUCCAUCGACCAGCAGACGGGCUACGUGACCCGCUCGCUGCUCUGCAUGCCCAUCUUCAGCAGGGGCGUCGUCAUUGGCGUCGUCCAGAUGGUCAACAAGACCACGGGAGCCUACUUCACCAAGGCGGACGAAGAGAAUUUCGAGUUUUUCGCGGUGUAUUGCGGCUUAGCGCUCCACCAUGCCAAGCUAUAUGACAAGAUUCGUCGCAGCGAGCAGAAAUACAAGGUGGCGUUAGAGGUUCUCAGCUACCACAACAGCUGCACGGACCAGGAGGUAGCCGACUACAAGUCCACCUACAACAUGUACCCGUCGCCGGGCCUGAACGACUACAACUACAACGUGUUCGAGACGUCAGAAAAGGACAAGAUCAGGGAUGCGGUGUUCAUGUUCACUGAUCUGUUCGGCACCAGUCGUUUCGACAUCGACUGCCUGAUCCGGUUUACCAUCACAGUGAUGAAAAACUACCGGAGAGUGCCGUACCACAAUUGGACGCACGGCUUCGCGGUGGCAAACAUGAUGUACUGCAUCAUCAAACACAAUCCGAACGUCUUCAAGACUAUUGAGAGCCUAGCUCUGUUCGUGGGGUCGCUGUGCCACGAUCUGGAUCAUCGGGGACGCAACAACAAGUUCAUGCUGGAGACGGACUCUGCCAUCGCGGCAAUAUACAGCACGUCCACCAUGGAGCACCACCACUUCAAUCAGACCGUCACUAUCCUGCAGCAGGAUGGCCACAACAUCCUGGGCAAGCUGUCCAGCUCCGAGUACAAGCAGGCUCUCAGCAACAUCAAGCACUGCAUUCUGGCCACCGACCUGGCGCUGUUCUUCCCCAACAAGGCAAAGCUGGCCAGCAUUCUCAAGGAGGGUCUGUUCGACUGGGGCAACUCCGAGCACAGGCUGCUGCUGCAGGCGAUCUCCAUGACGGCCUGUGACCUGUGCGCCAGCUCAAAGCCGUGGAAAAUCCAAAUACAGACGGUGGCCGACAUAUUCGAGGAGUUCUACGAACAGGGUGACGCCGAAAAGCAGGCGGGCCGCAUCCCGCUGCAGCUGAUGGACCGCUCCCAGCAUGACCAGCAGGCGCACUCGCAGGUCGGCUUCCUGACGGGCAUCUGCAUCCCGUGCUACGACCUGCUCUACCAGCUGAUCCCCGAGACACAGCUGCUGGUGGCCGGCUGCCGCAACAACCUGGCGCGCUGGAUGGACAUGGCCGAGGCCGGCGGCUGGCAGGAGGAGCUCAGCGCCGUCAACGCGCACGGCCGGUCUCGGCAGCCGGCGCUGACCUCGCCCGACCGGCCGGCCACCGGCCAGCCGCCGUCCGAGGAACAGGAGGGAGGACAGGAGGAGGAACGGGAGGACGGAGGACAGACGGAGGAGCAGCCGCCAGAGGAGCAGACACCGGAGGAGCAGUCGCCGGAGGAGCAGCCGCCCGACGACGCCAGCUAGAAGGCCGAGUUGGCCGGCUCUGGCGGAGCAGAGGACCGGCAACGCGCGUCUAUCCCCCUCCAGAGGCGGGCGGGGCCCUCAGCCCACACUCAGACCCCUCUCCAGGGGCGGGCGGAACCCUUAGUCCACACUCAGGCACUCGACUGUGCCGCAGUGCCCGAUCGGUGUGGUCAGUCUCACACAGAGACGAAAAACAUUCGCGAUGGUGUUGCAAGUAUGUAGAUAGUGACGUCUGGUCUGUCCUUGCGCCGCCGUACCUCUGUCGGAUCGAUCCUAACGCGAGCUACCACGGCCCCAUGUUCCUGUACCCGUCCCAGGAGCGGCAGCCCAUUGACAAGGCUGAACGGAUCAGCUACCGAGCAGGCCGCUGCGCUCGACUCGGCCCGAGCUCGGACUCGAAGUAAGUCACUCGCACACCACUGUACCCGCACCGGCGUGUCCCUCACGCGCACGGGUGUCCGCUCUGUUUUCGCGCACGGACGACUGUUGUACAUUUAGACGGAGAGCCCGGCCGUGCUGGUCGCUCCACGCCUCCCUGCGGCCCGGUCCCAUUGGCACGGCACGGAUAGCGACUCGGCUCACUGGGAAUGAUGGCAGACGGAGCCCGAUGGGUCCAGUCUGCCCCCAGUUCAGAGAGUUGACCGACCGUGCCGUGCCGCGCUGGACCGGGCCGCCAUGGUAGCGUAGAGCUCUGGCCGACACCGGGUGCCGUCCUCCCACGGCUCGACAAGGCCGCUCCCGCCCGGUGGCCGGUGUCAGAGCGCAAAUACGCCCGUGGAGAAUGUGCGUGGGAGCGGCCGUGUAUGUCUGUACAGAUGCCAACCUGCCACACCGCGAUGUCCCAGCCGCCCGUUGUCAUGGCAACAGGGGAAACAAAGCGAACCGCUGGGGCGUGGCACCACCCUGAGAGAAAGGUCAGCACGGAUAUAUAGCUAUUCAUAUGUAUGUGUGCGAGAGGAUAAUACAAUAAAUAAGUGGAAGGCUCGUC